AUCGUCUCUCCCAAUUCAAGCUUUUCUACUGAUCGUACUUCGACUCGUUUACAUCCGAGAAAGAACUCGUCUUGACCUGUUUUUUUAUGUAGUCUAUACCCUCACCAAAUCCUUGAACUCUUCCUGCGAAUCCACUUUCUCUUAGGCGGGUUGGCGGGUCUGGACAAUUUGUGGUUGCUGAAGUUUAGACAAUGUUGCAAAAAGAAAGUAAUGAUGGAGAGAGGCGGUUUAACAGGGAAGAAGAGGAGGAAGAUGAUGAUGAUGCGGAUGGUAGGGGCCGUGAUGCGUGGGAGAGGACUUAUGCAGACGAGCGGUCAUGGGAGUCUCUGCAAGAGGACGAAUCUGGGCUUCUCCGGCCUAUUGACAAUAAAAGUCUUUACCACGCUCAGUAUCGCCGACGUCUUCGCACAACGACAGCUGCCCGAAUUCAGAAAGGACUGAUUCGUUAUCUAUACAUCAUGAUUGAUCUUUCCCGGGCAGCUGGAGAGACGGAUUAUAAACCCAGCCGAAUGGUUGUUGUUGCUCGACAAGUGGAGGCUUUCAUCAGGGAGUUCUUCGAUCAAAAUCCCUUGAGUCAAAUUGGAAUAGUAACAUUGAAAGAUGGGGUUGCACAUUCCCUAACAGACCUUGGUGGAAGUCCGGAGUCACAUAUCAAAGUUUUGAUGGGUAAAUUGACAAGCUCGGGUGAUGCAUCUCUCCAAAAUGGCCUGGAUCUUGUGCAGAGCCUCCUAAAUCAGAUUCCCACAUAUGGUCACCGUGAAGUUCUUAUUUUAUAUUCUGCUCUUAGUACUUGUGAUCCAGGUGAUAUUAUGGAGACAGUACAGAAGUGCAAGGCUUCUAAGGUCAGGUGCUCGGUUAUUGGUCUCUCUGCUGAGGUCUACAUUUGCAAAUAUCUUUGUCAAGAAACUGGUGGAUCAUACUCUGUGGCGUUAGAUGAGUCUCACUUAAAAGAAUUGGUCUUUGAGCAUGCACCGCCACCUCCAGCUAUAGCCGAAUUUGCAGUUGCAAAUUUGAUUAAGAUGGGUUUUCCUCAAAGAGCAGCAGAAGGUGUAAUUUCAAUCUGUUCUUGUCAUAAAGAGGCUAAGAUUGGUGGAGGCUACACUUGCCCAAGAUGCAAAGCACGCAUUUGCGACUUGCCUACAGAAUGCCAAAUAUGUGGACUAACCCUCGUUUCUUCACCCCAUUUGGCAAGAUCUUAUCACCAUUUGUUCCCUAUAACUCCAUUUGGUGAUGUGUCACCAUCAGUUUCAAAUGAUCCGAGAAAUCUUCCAAAAAAUUGCUUUGGUUGCCAACAAAGUCUCCUAAAUCCUGGAAACAUGCCAGCUUCUUGUGUUUCUUGUCCAAAAUGCAAACAAUACUUUUGCCUUGAUUGUGACAUUUACAUUCAUGAGAGCCUGCACAACUGCCCAGGUUGUGAGAGCUUCCGGCACUCUAAAUCUGUUAGUACUGCGGAAGGAUGACCGGAUGAGCAUACAUAUGAUGUUUAAAGAACUGAUAUGGGAGUGGUCUUCUGCUUUCACAUAUAGAUUAUUGGAGGUGAACUUAUCUUGGUGGUUUGCACUGCACCCUUAAAGAAACAUGCUAGAUAACAUCCAAGAAACAACUGGUCUCGAGAGAACGGUAUUAGUUGGAUACCAGAUGAUGGUAUUAUCUUUCUGAAUUUACUUUUUACAGAUCAUGGGUGAUCUGAACAUAUGGAGCAUGAUUAGCUGGUUCAAAUACCAGGUAAUUUGAGUACCCUCUUUCUCAUAUUCCUUCCCGCCCUAAUGCCUUGUAUCUGGUGAAAAUGGUGAAGGAAGAAUCAUGAUGCCAAGGCAAUACAACCUGCCUCAUUCUCCUGAUCAGUUGGUUUUAUAUUGGGCACAGGAAUCUCGGGGACAAAAGAGAGUUUACUAAAAUUUGUACUGUUUCUUCUAUUCAUCUCCGCAGAUGUCAUUUGCUUCUAUUUGAUCAAAGUGAUGCAAUUUGUUUAUUCUUCAUGUUUUGUCCGGUUCAAGGAUUUU